CUCCGAAGUCGAUGCAUUGGUUUAUCACGGCUUUCGGCACAUGAUGAUAAGAUAUCAGAGUGAUCAUGUCCACAUUCUUAACCGCCAAAGAUAAUCGCAGGGGGACUCCGAAGUUUUCGUGAUUUUCUAUUGGUCGCGUCGAACAAGUGCCGACACCAGGCCCUGUUUUGGAUUGCGGGUAUUUUAAGCGCAUUUCGACCUCGAUUCUCCUCUGGGCUGGUUGAUACACUACGAUGGGAAAGGGAGCAGCCAAAAUCUCCGGGCGUGUCUGGAUAGUUGUUGCAGUCGCUGCAUGCGUGCUCAUUGUCGCCAUCGGAGUAGGUGUGGGUGUGCCGCUGGCCCGCCGGGCGGCCGACAGCAGCACGUCGUUGUACCGGGCUAAGGAGAUACUGAAGAAAUACCCUCUUGUUGAUGGGCACAAUGAUCUGCCUUGGGGUUUUAACAAAUACGCGCAGAAUCACGUUAGGAGCGUUGACUUGGAAUCGGACCUCAGGGUCACUGCCAAGUGGAACGUGACCCAUACAGACAUCCCUAGACUGAGGGAGGGCCUCUUAGGAGCACAGUUCUGGGCAAACUAUGUGCCCUGUAGCGCUCAGUACAAAGACGCCACAAAGCUGGCAUUGGACCAGAUGGACACCAUCAAGAGAUUCGUAGCCAUGUACCCCGAUACAUUUAAGUUUGUUACUACAGCGCAAGGAAUUCUUGAUGCGUUCGAAGAGGGUAAAAUCGGCAGUCUGAUUGGCCUAGAAGGUGGUCACAUGAUCGACAGUAGCUUGGCAACCCUCAGGAUGAUGUAUGAUAUGGGUGUACGCUACAUGACCUUGACCCACAGCUGUAAUACUCCAUGGGCUGAUAACUGGUUGGUGGACACCCCAGAUGAGCAACCACAAUUUAAUGGCCUGACAAAGUUUGGAGAGCUGGUUGUAAAAGAGAUGAACCGGAUUGGCAUGCUGGUCGAUCUGUCCCAUGUGUCUGUAGAUACGAUGAUGAAAGCCCUGGAGAUCGCAGUGGCGCCGGUCAUUUACAGCCACUCCUCCGCCUUUGCCUUAUGUAACAGCAGAAGAAAUGUACCCGACGAUGUCUUGAAACUUGUAGCAGACAAUGGUGGAGUGGUGAUGGUGAAUUUCUAUAGUAAUUACAUCAACUGCGGCCCGGCGUACAACCAAACUUUAGCAAAUAUCUCGCAGGUCGCAGAUCACAUCGAGCAUAUCAAGAAUACUGCGGGCUCAGACCACGUGGGAAUAGGGGCGGAUUACGAUGGUGUUGACGUCCUCCCAGAAGGCCUCGAGGAUGUGUCGAAAUACCCUGACCUCUUCGCCGAGUUGAUAGACAGAGGAUGGAAUGAUGAGGAUUUACAGAAACUCGCCGGCAAGAACUUGGUGCGCGUCUUCAAGAAAGCCGAGGAGGUCCGUGAUCAGAUGGCCCAAGGCACCCAGAAGAAGUAUCCAGAUGACACGAGAAUCGACCCAUCCGAGUUAAAGAAUACAACUUGUCACACGGAUCAACCAGUUUAGAAUGUUUUAUACAAAUUUGUUCAAGUGGUGUGGGACGGCUUUGAUAUCCUUCCAAGUGAAAUAUCCAACUCUUUACCCCAAAUUUAAUUUAGGCUAAACUUGCGCUGUUUUCGAAUGGGGGAAUUGUCUCUUAUGACAGAAUUAUUGGGAUUGAAAAGGUAAAUCAAAAACAUGUAGUGAAAUGAUCUAUUGGGUGUUCGGUGAACAGUACUUGAGACCAACUGCAGCAUGGUAGAUAUAUUGUAUUUCAACAGGAU